AUGGCAGGAUAUGUGAAUUCUGGCGCCGUUAACACUGAUGUGGACGUCGAUACUAGUCGCGUCAAGGGUCAGACUGCCAUUGUAACGGGCGGUGCAAAUGGUAUUGGUGAAGCAUAUACACGAGCCCUCGUUAAGGCUGGGGCUUUCGUUCUCGUGGCAGAUCUCGACCAAGAAUUCGGCUCCAAGCUGGAGAAGGAACUAUCUGGGUACACCGACAACAAUACUCGUCUUGACUCUGUCAAAUUCAUCAAGACGAAUGUCACCAGUUGGGCUGAACAACUCAACGCAUUUAAAUCAGCCAUAUCAAGUUCUCCCUCCGGGAGAAUCGACAUUGUUAUUGCCAAUGCUGGCAUAAGUGGAGCUGAUGAAGUGUUUGUGAACGAAGUUGAAAAAGAUGAGCCCACAGAACCACGGCUCAAUAUCCUCAAUGUCAACCUGACUGGUGUUUUAUAUACCAUCAAGCUUGCUCUAUUUUACUUCCGCAAACAACAUGCAGAAAACAAGGGUCAGGCAUUGGAUCAGAAUCUCAUCUUACAAGGUUCUUUGGCUGGCUACCUGGAUUUGGCUGGCGCCCUUCAAUAUACCGCUUCCAAAUUUGGUCUACGUGGAAUCAUGAGGGAUCUGAGAAGAACGGAGCAUCAACACAAUAUUCGGGUCAACUAUAUUGGACCAUGGUUCAUUAAGACCAAGAUCAUGAGCGAGGCUGUAGUGGGAUAUCUCGAAAAGACUGGAGUUGAAUUUGCUGCAGUGGAAGACUCAGCUGCGGCGGCUUUACGCAUCAUCACCGACCCUAAAGUCUCGGGGAGGUCAUUCGCCAUUGUCCCACGAUCCUAUGCCUCUCGGGGUUAUAAAGACAUCGACUAUGAUGAUUAUGAGCCGGAUAGCUUCUUGGGUCAGCUGUCAAACGCGGUGUCUGGGGGAGGUAAUCAUCGAACUGAGUUGCGGGCUGAGGACCAAAAGACUCGCACUCAGUGGUCACAAUCAGACCGGAAUGAGUAA